AUGGGCGAUAUCGUGCCAACCGCGCCGACCGCAACCAGAGCAGCCACCGCCGCCGCGAAGAAGUCGAAAGGAUCAGCGAAUAGUAAAGAGCGAGUGGAAGGAGCAGGAGCAGGUCCUCUGGGUCCCCAAACUGAGGAUGACAUAGUCGAAACCCAAGACAAUACCAAUCCGGGAAUCGCACCCGUUGAUAAGGAUGCUGGGGAAGAAUUAAUUUUUGAGGAGGCCGUAGAAUCCCGUUCCGAGUGA